GCUCAUCUAUCGGAUCUCGAUAUUCUCCUCGCCUUCAACAACUACGACAAGUACCGGGACGUGAAGAACAGCCAUCAUCGACUUCGCCCACAACGACCAUGGCGUCUCGGGCACCACUUCCUGUCAUGAACCCAUGGGAGGCUCAAGCCCUGACACACUCAUUUCCUGAUGGAGGCGUGGCAGAUCGAUCUGGGCUCACACCCAAAGCCUUCAAUACGCGGCCUGACCCUCUCAUCUUCCCAGGACUGUAUUGUUCUAGCGGAUUUGACAUAAUCAGCAUUCUUCUACAACUUCGUUGUCGGCCUGAUCCCGACAUUGACUUCGGUGCUGUCGACUGCUCAGUAUCUCUUACGCUGUGCGACCUCGAACAACCCGACACGCCCAUCGUCUAUGCAUCGCCAUCAUUCUGCGAGAUGACUGGCUACUCAAUGAACGAAGUUCUGGGCCGCAAUUGCCGCUUUUUGCAGACCUCACCAACUGCCUCAUCAUGUGUUGUCGACAGGGCUGCCAUCAAACGCAUGUCACAAGCCGUCCGCGGUAAUCGGGAAAUUCAACUCCAAGUGCACAACUACAAGAAAAACGGACAGCCUUUCACCAAUGUGCUCUCCAUCGUUCCUCUCUCACUGGGAGCCGAUGGGCAUCGUUACGCCGUCGGCCUCCAGUGUGAGAUGUGAAGACAUCUUCACUAUUUCUUUCUUCGUUUGUCGGCACAGGUUGCCUUCCACGACGAAACUUUUCUACUGUACUUGUCUUUAUUCAGAAGCGGGCGGCGUCAUGGGAACGGAGGGUCAGAUUACAGGCAUCAUCAUCGCAUAUUCGGAGCUAUUAGGCAUCUCACUAUACCCACGACUUGAUAGAGUCGGUCCUCGGCGAC